AUGCUCAUGACUGACCCUGACCCUGUUUAUUGUUUGAUAAAUGACGGAAAUCAUAAAGAAUGGGGGCCAUGGUGGAUUUACAUAAAAGGAAGUUAUUCAGGACCUCAACCUAUAUUCCCAAAUAUAGAAAGUUUCAAUUUUGUUGCAGCCAUGAGUUCCUCACAAGGUCUCAACACUCUUACGCAGAUCAAAACAAUUCCGGAAGAUGGUUCAAGAUUUAAAGAACAAGAAGAUCAACCUUUGAGCCCUAUGGCUAGGUUGUUCCAUGAGCCUGGCUCCAAUGUGUACAUCAUAUCCAUUAUGGGGUGCAAAACUAAGAUCAACGUUGAUGUAUUAAAAGAAAAUCUUGUUCAAUCUCUCCUUCGACAUCCUCGAUUCUCAAGCCUACAGGUUUUCAACAACGAAACCCAAAGCAUUAGGUGGGUUCCGACAAAUGUGAACAUCGAUAACCAUGUUAUCGUUCCAAAACUUGAGCCAAACAUUGCAUUUCCAGACAGUUUUGUUGAGGACUAUAUCUCAAACCUCAGCAAAUCUCCCAUUGAGAACUCAAAACCUUUAUGGGAUCUCCAUAUUCUUGACAUUAAGACGACCAACAAUGAAGGAACAGGUGUUUUCCGCUUCCACCAUUCCCUAGGGGACGGUAUUUCUUUGAUGACACUUCUUCUUGCUUGUACACGAAAAUCAUCGGAUCCCAAUGCCUUGCCUACGCUUCCUUUCAACAAAGACUACAGCUACAUAAAAUUUAAAGGAUUUUGUUCGGUUCUAGAAAUGUUGUGGAACUCCUGUGUUGCGCUUGUGAUGUUUGUCUUCACCCUGUUGUUUCUUAAAGACACAGAAACCCCAUUAAAAGGCAGUCUAGGAGUUGAGAAUAGACCAAGGCGUUUUGUGCACAGGAGCGUCAACUUAGCUGACAUUAAGGCGGUGAAGAAUGUCAUGGGCGUGACAGUCAAUGAUGUCGUGCUUGGAGUCACUCAGGCAGGAUUAUCACGUUACUUGAAUCGUAGAUACAGAUCAACAGGAUAA